AUGGGGUUCUUGGACGGCCUCCGUCUCGACACGCUGCUGAAGCGCGUCUGCAAGUCGCUGCUCAAGAAGCGGCUUGGGGAUCUGAUCCUCGGCGACCUCGACCUCGACCAGUUCGACAUCCAGCUUGGCCGCGGCACGCUGCAGCUCAACGACCUCGCCCUCAACGCUGAGUUCAUCAACCGUAAGUUAUCAGGAUCCCCUAUUAUGCUGAAAGAAGGAUCGAUAAAAUCCCUGCUAGUUAGAUUCGCUGCUAGCUGCGAGAUUGUUGUUGAAGAAUUGGAGCUUGUGCUUGCUCCAUCUGUUGCAAGUGAAGUUGAUGAUGUGCAUACUGAAUGCUCUGUCUCUGGUAGUACUAGUGACACGCAGACAUUAGUCAAGACUCAAAGAAAUGAAUCCGAUAGCAAUCAGUGUUCCACUUCUGUAUCUCGAGAUGUGGAUGAAGGUGUAAAGAGAAUUGCCAGUGCCGUCAAAUGGUUUCUGACAAGCUUUAAUAUCAAGUUAAAGAAUGUCUAUGUCGUAUUUGAUCCUCAAAUCAGUUUGAAUAGUGGAGUCCCAGAAACUAGUCGAUCUCUAGUUUUCCGAAUUAAAGAGGUGGAGUUUGGAACCCAACUUGGUCUAUUUAAACUGGACAACUUUUUAACUUUCCAUGAGGCGGUCAUUGAGUUUUUGAAGAUGGAUGAUGUCGACGCACUGCUUCAAAAUGAUCCAGUUAACAGAACAGAUGACAUUUCAGCACGUCAUAGUACUACUGCAGUCUUCACCGGUCCCAUUGGUGGCUUCUCAGGGAAGCUUAACUUAAGCAUCCCAUGGAAUAAGGGGUGCUUGAACUUUGAGAAAAUUGAUGCAGAUGUGUCAGUUGAUUCAUUAGAAUUACGGUUACAAUUCAGCAGCAUCCGGUGGAUCAUGAAUGUAUGGGAUUCUCUCCAAAGAAAGCCAGUAGAUGAACAGAGUUGUGUUCAUAAUAUUGCAGAUAUCUCUAUUAGUUCUUCCAGCUCUGCCUUCUGUCCACCUGCUUCAAGCUCUUUGAAACCAGGUUUAGAUUCUGUGAUAGCCACCAGUGAAUACUUGGCACAGAGCACAUUUUCUCAAAGCAAGCAGGAUAAAAUUCAGGAUUCUUUCCUUACAAGGGCACACGUGAUAACAGACUGGAUGGAGCCUGUUGCCCGUAAGGAUCUAGGCGACCCUGAUUCAGAUUGUGACGAAAGCAUUGAUCAGUUCUUUGAAUGUUUUGAGGAAUUGAGGAACUCCCAGUCAAGUUUAGGAAACAGUGGUAUAUGGGACUGGACGUGUUCAGUGUUCAAUGCCAUAAGUUUUGCAUCCACUUUAGCUUCUGGAUCUGAUCAAGUUCCUAAAGAACCAGUUGUCAAGAGGACUUUACGAGCCUCCAUCACCGAGGUAUCUGUUCUUCUUUUGUUCAGUGAUGACACAGAUAUCGAAAAUUCCAGUGUUCCUGUCAGCGCAGUGGAUGAUAUGAGAAAUUCUGAAAUGUUUUCGAGCUGCCUUUCCUCUGAGCAUUUUGAGAAAUCAAUUAUAUCUCCUGCUACAGCUUCCAGCUUAAAUAUGCAUCAUCUCAAAGCCAAGUGUGAGAACAUUCACCUUGAUCUACAGACUUAUCCAAAAAAUGUAAGGUUCAAGGCAUCAAUUGCCCAAAUUAAGAUUGAUGAAUACUACCGCGCCGGAAACAAUAAUUCAGAUGAUUCAAACCUUGGUAACCACUUCUUGAACAAUAACUUGCGGCAAGGAGUUCAAGCUUCCCUCCCUCGGUGCCUGUUUGCUGCUGGAGAUCACUCGGUGGAAACCUAUGAAUUUUGUGGCAACAGUUCAAGUGAAUUGACUAGAGUUGAGUUGCUAAAAACUUUUGGCGAGUGCACAUUCUAUUAUGAUGUCAGUACCAAAGAUCAAGAUGGCAAUUUAGUAAGCUCAACUUCUAUGUCGAUCUGUUUGGCGCCUUUGCUUUUAUGGGUGCACUUCCAUACAAUAUACAUGCUACUGAGCUUUGUAAGUAAAGUUGAGUCUGAUUUGUCACAUGGAGAGCAUAAAAUUCAAAAACAUGGUGACGAAAAAGGAAGCAGAUUGACUACCAGCACAAACAUGUCCUCAAGUGGAAGUCUAAAAGUUCAGAUAUCCCUAUCACCGGCAAGAAUCGUCCUGUGCUUUCCAUCUGAGUUUUCAUGGGAUUUGAGCCACCCAUCUGUCCUGGAUAAGUUCCUGGUGAUCGACCACACUUCAUGUCUGAACAUGGUAGGAACUGCAUCACACCCCCAAAAUGAAAUGCAAAAUGAGGUUCAUCUUAGCAAGCCGUGUACCUCAAUCCAUUUGGCUCUAGGGAACAUAGAUGUAUAUUUGGUUAAGCCAGUCAAUAAUGUAUUGGUUGGUAGAACUUUCUCUACAAUGAAGAUUCUUUCUGUUACUGGAGCCAGUUAUAAUGACUCUGGCAUCACACUGAUCAGGAGAAUGUAUCCUGUAACUGGCCCUGAGAUUUUGAACAAUGCUUGA